GUGCUACAGAUCCUUCAUAGCACAAGAAUGAAUCAUUCCUGCCGUUGUGUGCGCUGUGGAGUAUAAGUGCUUUAAAAGCAGCAGACGAUUUACUCCAACAAAACAUCUGCACAACUUCUCUGGGAACACAACAACCUCAAGACAUGUCUAAGCUGGAGAAAGCCAUUGUGGCCAUAGUGGAGGUGUUUGAGGAGUAUGCAGGGACAGAUGAGCAGAAAACCCAGCUCAGUAAUGCUGAACUUGGACAGCUCAUUAAAGCCCAAAUUACCAGUCCUGAAUUUAAGGAUAAAGUGGAUCCAGAUAAUAUUAAGGAGGUAAUGGAAGAGCUGGAUAAGAACCAUGAUGGUGAAGUGAACUUCCGUGAAUUCAGUCAGUGUAUUGCUGGCUUAGCCAGGGCCUACUACAUAAAGAAGCACGGCAAGGAAAAGUGCAGAGGAAAGGGCAGGGGGUGUCAGGAUAAGUGAACACUCACAUCCUUACACUCCUGAUGCACUAGACUCUUGCCUCCUACAAGGUUCCAAAGUACCUCUCUAUAAUGUGUAAUAAUGUUGCAAACAAUUUUAUAUGCUGUAAGACAGGCACAGUAAAAAUGGUUUGAACAAAUAUAGUGCCAUUUAGUACCAUUUAGUUCAUGUAGUAGGAAAGAUUUCUCAACAGUGUUGUGAAAAAUGUUUGUCCUGCCUAAUGAACAAUAAAAUUUACAUGCAUUUUGCAGUAGUGUAAUCUUUAGCUUUCUGGACAAAAAUAAAAAACCUAUUGUCAUGA